AUGAGGUGUUGGGGGGAGGGUCUAGGUGAGGGAGGGAACAAGAUGCUGAUGGAGGCGCUGUGGGGAGGCGAUGCUGGGAGAUGUUGACCGGUGACCUGGCUCUUGGCUGUACAGACACUGUGCCCUGGGGGGGUGUGGAUGGCCUGACGGUUCGACACCUGCUGGAUUCUGGACACUGUCUGUUUGCGGAGCCUCGCCUGCCCAGAGCAUAUUAUACCCUGGUGAGGGCCGGCCUGAGCCUGAGACAGAGAGACCGCUCACUCAGUCUGCAGGACCUCCGCUAUACACUGCGCCAGGACAUCAAGGGCUCUGAGCGUGUGUCAGGAGUAGAGUCGGUGACGAGUGGAGGCGGGGUCCCUCAUGGAGCCAGACCCCCCUCGCUGUAUCCCAGGCUCCCCACGGACCCCCACAAAGAGCCUGACCAGACAGACGGACCCGGCAUGGUAACACUGCCACGCCAAGCAACCAGGUCCCAGCCGGGCAGCGCUGCGGAUUUACCAUUUACGUAUACCAAAGAAAAUUUGAUUGGAAUGCCGCGUGGAGUCAAAUGCUGUGACCGCAAGCGGUUGUACGAGCAGAUUGAAAUCGAAGGGGUGACAAUAUUUGUAAGCUGCAAUCUAAACUGGUUUUGUGUCUUGCAGGGCUGUGACCCCUUUGCCCAGACUCAACGGAGCAAACUGCAAAACCGCCGAGCCCGCAUUAACCAACAGAUUAACAAGGAGAUGCGAAUGCGAGCAGGAGCUGAGAAUCUAUUUCGGGCCACAACGAACCACAAGGUGAAGGAGACGGUGGCGCUGGAGCUGAGCUUUGUCAACUCCAACCUACAGUUGCUGAAGGAAGAGCUGGAAGAACUCAAUAGCUCGGUGGAGGUGUAUCAGAACGAAAAGGGGAAUAGCUCAUUGAAACAGAUGUACCGGAACCUCUCAAACAGUGAAUCUGUCAGUGUUCCCAUGAUUCCUCUGGGCCUGAAGGAAACAAAGGAAGUGGACUUUACAGCUGCUGUGAAGGAUUUUAUCAGGGAGCACUAUCAUGAAGAUGGCUCAAAGUAUGAUCAAGAAAUGAAGGAGCUGCUGGACCUGCGGCAGGCCAUGCGAACCCCCAGCAGGAAUGCUGCUGGCAUUGAGCUGCUGAUGGAAUACUACAACCAACUCUACUUCAUUGACAACCGCUUCUUCCCACCCAAUAAACACUUGGGCAUCUUCUUUCACUGGUAUGACUCUCUGACAGGAGUUCCUUCCUACCAGAGGGCUCUGGCGUUUGAAAAGGGCAGCGUGCUGUUUAACAUCGGCGCCCUGUACACACAGGUGGGUGCCCGGCAGGACCGCACCAGCCUGGAGGGCAUCGACCACGCUAUCAACGCCUUCCAGAAAGCUGCAGGGGCUUUGAACUACCUGAAGGAGAACUUCUCGAACGCUCCGAGCUUGGACAUGAGCACGUCGUCCCUCAACAUGCUGGUGAGGCUGAUGAUCGCACAGGUGCAGGAGUGCGUGUUUGAGAAGGUGGUGCUGGCAGGCAUCAGCGCUCAGUUCCUGGCCCAGCUCCAGAGUGCGCAGGAAGCCGCUCGGGUGGCAGACGUGUACUCCUUAGUCUAUCAGACGAUGACCCAGCCGCCAGUGAAAGACUACGUGCCCUUUUCUUGGACGACCAUGGUGCAGGUUAAGUCCGAGUACUUCAAAGCUCUCUCCCACUACUUUGCAGCAAUUGCGCUCUGCGACCAUAUAAUGGGAGCUGAGGACGAUGAAAGUGAACACGAGAAGGGGCUUCAGCAGCUACAUGUCAGCGCUCCACAGGGACCCUCACUGCUGGCCAUCCUGAGGGACCAGGAGGAACGGCGCAAGCUGGGGAAGGCUCACUUGAAGAAAGCCAUCAUUAAGCACGAGGAGGCUCUGCGGAUGCACGGGCUGUGCAAGAUCCUGAGGAAGAUGGAUGUUCUGCAGGAGGUGCUAGCCUUGGCCCACAAGCGCUCACUCAACAAGUACUCACACAUCGACCAUGAGGAGGACUUCUUCGACACCAUCGAAGCUCCAGAAAUUCACCCAAAAACACAACAGAAGCCAGAAAUUAAAACUCCAAACUUCUGCAAGGUGAAAGUCACAGAUAUCUUCCACCGAUUGGGACCAUUGGCCGUUUUCUCUGCCAAGAACCACUGCAGCCCGGCCAGGACCGUCCACCUGGAGAGGAGUGAGUGGGGGUUCGGCUUCACGCUGCGCGGAGAUUCUCCCGUGCUGAUUGCUGGAGUCAUUCCCGAGGGAUGUGCAGAUGAAGCAGGUCUGAAGGAAGGUGACUACAUUGUGACAGUGAACGGGACGGACUGCCGGUGGGCCAAGCACGCUGAGGUGGUGCAGCUCCUGAAGAGUCUCAGCACUGAGGGGGUCAGCGUGUCUGUGAUCACCCCGAACAUCUCCGAGCAACACAGCGUGCAGGCCGAACGGAAAUCCCUGCUGGGCCCCACGUCCUCAGCCGGCGACAAGGAGAACAGCAGGAAAAUGACGGACAACAGCAGAAGCUCAGGCUCGCUACUUACCUGGAACAAAAGGAAAACCACCAGCAAAGGCGGCAGCACGUGUAGCCUGCCCUUCAUUGCUGUCAGAGACAACGGAUCCUUCUACUGAGAAACCGGUCAGCGCUGCCCGUGUCGGGCAGUGUCACUGUCAAUCGCACAUCCGCAAGGGCUGCAGGCUGCCCGCACCACUCACCCUGGGGCUGCCGAGGGCUGGUCCUUUCCUCCACACUGAAUCUGGCACGGCCAUCCUUCUCUUGUGUCGUCGUUUUCUGCCCCAGAGAAUCACAGGAAUGUCAGCGUGCACUGGACUUCCUGCUGCCAGUGCUGGGCCAGCAAUCCGCUCCAAUCUCAUUUUCCUUCCAUUCAAUUGAAACAGCCCGACAAUCCCACCAGAAAACAAACUGGAGCAAAUGUGGCCUCUAUAAACAUCCCGUUUCAAACCUGCUGGCUCAGAUAGAUAGACCGUCAGAUAGAUAGUCACUCGGGUAGACUGAAUGACACGAUCCUUCAACUGGAUUACACACAGUCUUGGGCCAGAAAUUCCACCGAGUCCCAGCUGUAAGAUCAUUUUGUCUUCAAGUUUAACAUGGUGCAGGAUUGUGGAAAAUGUCUUAAAUUUAGUCUGAACUUAGCGUGGUUGUGUGUCAACCCGGCUCAGUGU